CACUGCUUUGUUGUGAGUGCAGCAGCAGCACGAACACACAGAAGGUUACGACGAGGUUAUUUCCUCUGACUGCAGCAGGAGCCGUGCACACGUAGGAGGAGACGCCAUCCAGCUGCAGCGGAGGAGCAGCUCACCUGAGGGCAGAUACUCAAGAGACGAGCGUCAGUUUGCGUCCUGCGCGGUUUGCACGAAGCUCUUGUUGUUUUUCUGCAUCUCUGCAGCAUCAAGGAGGGAGAUCUCCGGGCGAUACGAGGAUCCAUGAGAGGCGCUUCGAGCAGCACACCGCUUCAGUAUCACGGUUGUGUGGGGGUUCAGCAGCCAUGGAUGCUGGGAGGCUGGAGCAGCAGGUGGCCAGUGUGGAGAGAGGCAUCGCCUUCCUGCAGCAGGAGCACCUGGCCAUGCUGACCGGCCUGCAGCUGGAGAUCACACACCUGAAGAGGCGCUGUCAUGAGCUGAGCUGUGAGCUGGACUCCAGGUUUCCUGACAGAAACACAGCAGAGGAGGAAGCGGAGCUGGCUGCACGUUGUGAGGCUGCAGAGCGUCUCCUGGAAGACCAGCAGUGCAUGAUGGUCGCUGUGCGUGGUGAGCUGCGGGCUGGCCGGGCUCGGACAUCAGCACUCAGUAGGAGCCUCAGGGACGAAGAGCGGCAUUUCCUGGAGGAACUGAAACGACGCAGCCACAAGAUCACGCUGCUGAGUCGUGAGCUGCAACGCCAAAACGUCACCACGACGACCCUCUGCCACGAGCUCCACACCGCACGCUUAAAACUGUUCCAUCAACGGCAGAGCGCCGAGUCUGCUGCGGAAGGAGGGGAGGAACCCAGAGGACAGGAUGGAGAAGGAGAAGGAGAAGAAGAAGAGGAGGACGAAGACGAUGAUGAAGAUGAAGGGGACAGCUCAGACUGGCUUCUGUCUCCGCCUCCUCCCGCUUCCCCCAGCCAACCAGAGGAGCGACACAGGAGGCGUGUCACCCUGAGGGAGGAGCGGGUCAGGGCGUGCGUCCCGCAGGAGAGAGUGACGUCACCGCAGCGGCCACACUCCAUGCCCGACCCCGCCCUCUUCUUGGUGCCACUUAGAUUCCGCCUCCUGCGUUUGAACCGACCAAUCACAAUGCAGGGCGCAGAGGGGCUGGAGGACGAGUGGGAGGAUAUCGAGGACAGCAGGGUGCACAGGAGGGUGGACAUGGGAGCAGGGGAGGGAGAAACCGCUCUGUGAUGACGAUGGAGAGGUGGCGUUGUCUUCCAGCAGGUGUCGGCCGACCUCGGUCAACACGUGAUGUGGUUAUUCUAGAAAAAGAUGAGGGAGAUGUAACCUUGUGAUUGUCCGUAGAGUUAGAGGUAGUUGCACAGGCGCGAGUGAUCGAUCUACACGUAGACAUAGUAGCGCAAAUUGUCACAUUGAUGGUACGACAUGCUACUUGGAAAUUACGAGGAAACGAGUGGGUCAGCAAAGAGUGAACAGUGGUUCAGUUUUAUAAAUGGAUGCCUUUUGGUUUUAACAACACAGCUUUUGCCUGUAAGUAGUAGCCUUUGCCUCUGGGUGUGUGAACAUUGGUCUGUGCCAUUCAACCAGCGUCCAGGUGCAGAAAGUCACUCGUGAAGGCGGUGUAGGGACAUUUUGUAUGAUUUGCACUUUAUUAAAUUCAUGCAAUGUGCCUAACAAUGGCAGAACGAUA